UUCGAUAGACGUUCAGUCCCAUCUCUAGUCCCUAAUCAAAACUAAUUUCGUUGUUUAAUUAAUUUACAUCAAAAAUGUCAUACGGCAACAAUCCGUAUGGCCAAGGGGGUGGUUAUGCUGCACCUCCCGGAGCUUUUCCUCCACAAAAUGCGCAAGUCUCACCACAAGCUCAGCAAUGGUUUGCUAUGGUGGAUCGGGAUCGAUCUGGCAAAAUCAACUCCUCGGAGUUGCAGGCUGCUCUGGUUAAUGGGCGUGGGGAGCAUUUUUCGGACAACGCAUGCAAAUUGAUGAUUAGCAUGUUCGACAAUGACGCUAGUGGUACCAUCGAUAUCUUUGAAUUUGAGAAGCUGUACAACUACAUUAAUCAGUGGCUUCAGGUGUUUAAGACCUACGAUCAGGACUCAUCCGGUCACAUUGAGGAGCAUGAGUUAACGCAAGCAUUUACUCAAAUGGGUUUUCGCUUUACGCCUGACUUCAUUCAGUUCCUGGUUAAAAAAAGUGAUUCUCAGAAUCAUAAGGAAGUUUCGGUGGAUCAGUUUAUAGUGCUCUGCAUUCAAAUUCAACGUUUCACAGAGGCUUUUAGACAGCGAGACACACAACAGAAUGGGACAAUAACCAUUGGCUUCGAAGAUUUUCUUACCGUGGCUAUAGGAUGCUCGUAUUAAUUGAUGUGGCAUUCCUAAACAGAUUGGAACACAUCCAUAUAUGAAAUAUUUUAUUCCAUACGGUGCAUUUCAAUUCAAAUUUAUGUUUUAUUGAUUGUCUCUUGUUAUUUGCAUUGUAAUCUCUCUGGCGCAGAUAAAACUCACACACAGUACAAAAAUUCUUGCGCAAUAACAAUAAAAUUACAUUUACACACAUAUACAUUUGUAAAA